AUGAACUUAUUUGAUCUCUUGGAAGAAGAUUCGCUUUGGUAUUUUAUAGUCAACAAGCCGAUAAUUUCUGUUUUCGUUUUGCUUUUAACUGUUGCUGCAGGAAGUUUAUGUUGUGGUGAUGAUGACUCGAAGAAGGGAAGUGAAUACAAAGAUCGUUGGGAUAAUGUAAAGCUUUAUAGUUUAUUGGAAUUCCAUCCCAGUGAUUUUCUUUGUUAA